UCUCAGUGUGCGGGAGCUCGGAGGCGUCAGCGCAAGCUACCGGAACCCGGAGCGCUUCUUCUUUUCCGGAGCGGAGCUGACGGUCAUGUGAAGGACUCCCGCGGCGCCUUUUUAGUAUAUAAUUUCAAUCAUUUUGCUUCAUUUUCGUCAGCUACUUUUAUCUGGACUAAAUGUUUCCAAUAGUUUCUUGAACGGAUUAAACCCAGCCUCCAGCAUGGGGAAAUAGCGGACUUUUGCAGCCACAUUCGUAUCUUGAUGUUUCUACAAACUGGGCUGUAUUUUUCACCUCCGCAAUGAGCAUGGAUGGUUGUCCGCUGAAGGUGGCGAUAUUCCUAUGGUGCCUGCUGGUGAUUUCGGGUUCCAGCUUCGAGAUUGGCUCGUACGAGCUGGAGCGAGGAAGACCGGCCAAGUGCGAGCCCAUCACCAUCCCCAUGUGCGAGGGCAUCGGCUACAACCUGACGCGCAUGCCCAACUUCAUGGACCACGACGACCAGAAGGAGGCUGCCAUCAAGCUGAACGAAUUCGCCCCUCUGGUGGCUUACGGCUGCGACGUGCACCUCCGCUUCUUCCUAUGCUCACUAUACGCACCCAUGUGCACCGACAAAGUGUCCACCUCCAUCCCUGCCUGCAGACCCAUGUGCGAGCAAGCGCGGGAGAGGUGCGCCCCCAUCAUGAAGAAGUUCAGCUACACCUGGCCCGACUCUCUGGACUGUUCCAAGCUGCCCACCAGGAACGACCCCAAUGCCCUGUGCAUGGAGGCGCCUGAGAACGAGACCAGAACCGAGGUUAAGAAAGGUGAGGGCAUGCUUCCCGUGCCCCCUCGCCCCCGGCAGGUGGGCUCCGGCGGCGGGCGCUCCCCGGCAGGCGGCGGCGGCGGCUCCUGCGAGAACCCCGAUAAGUUCCAGUUUGUCGAAAAAAGUCAGUCGUGUGCUCCGCGUUGCUCCCCCGCUGUGGACGUGUUCUGGUCCAGGCGGGACAAAGACUUUGCUUUCAUCUGGAUGACAGUGUGGUCCAUCCUUUGCUUCGUAUCCACCGCGUUCACCGUGCUCACCUUCCUCCUGGAGCCGCACCGCUUCCAGUACCCGGAGAGGCCCAUCAUCUUCCUGUCCAUGUGCUACAACGUCUAUUCGGUGGCUUUCAUCAUCCGCUCGGUGGCGGGCGCCGAGAACAUAGCCUGCGACCGAGAGCACGGCGAGCUCUACAUCAUCCAGGAAGGGCUGGAGUCCACCGGCUGCACUAUCGUCUUCCUCAUCCUCUACUACUUUGGCAUGGCCUCCUCCAUCUGGUGGGUCAUCCUCACACUAACCUGGUUUCUAGCAGCGGGGAAGAAGUGGGGUCACGAGGCCAUCGAAGCCCACAGCAACUACUUCCACAUGGCGGCGUGGGGCGUCCCGGCUUUAAAGACCAUUGUCAUCCUCACCAUGAGGAAGGUGGCCGGAGACGAGCUGACCGGCUUGUGCUACGUGGGCAGCUUGGACUCGGGGGCGUUAACCGGAUUCGUCCUCAUCCCCCUCUCUUGUUACCUGGUCAUCGGUACGUCCUUCAUCCUCACCGGCUUCGUGGCGCUCUUCCACAUCCGCAAAGUGAUGAAAACCGAGGGAACCAACACGGAGAAGCUGGAGAAGCUCAUGGUGAAAAUUGGCAUCUACUCCAUCCUCUACACGGUGCCCGCCACCUGCGUCAUUGUUUGCUACUUCUACGAGAGGCUAAACAUGGACUACUGGAAGCUGAGAGGCCUCCAGUCCACGUGCGGCUCCUUCGACGGCCACGGGGGCGGCGACUGCUCCCUGCGAGCGUCCGUGCCCACCGUGGCCGUCUUUAUGUUGAAGAUCUUCAUGUCCCUGGUAGUGGGCAUCACCAGCGGCGUGUGGGUGUGGAGCUCCAAGACCUUGCAGACGUGGCAGGGACUGUGCAGCAGGAAGCUGACGGACAGGACUAGCGGCAGGAAGCCGUGCAGUGGGGUCAGCUGCAGCAACACCCAUUGCCAUUACAAAUCUCCCGCAGCCGUUUUGAACAUGGCCAAGACGGACCUACACGCGGACAGUCCCACUCAUGUCUGACACGCACAAAUUUGCUUGAGUCCGGCGCUGCUACAAAGACUUUAAAAAGGGACAGUAUUUUUAUUAGCCAUAUUGUUCCAUGCAGUGGACUGAUGUUGGAAGAAAGUGUGGGAUUUUUCCUUCUAGAAAACAGCACAAUUAGAGGUGUAAAUCUGUAUAAAGGUUUAUUUAUUGUAAAUAUAUUUAAUUUAAGUUCAUCUUUGCUCUCACCAGGUGUUGUGUUUCGAUGCAUUUAUUCAAGAGAGAUGAAGUGCCUUUUAUAAGAACACUGGCACUUGACUUUUUAUUUUUGGAUGAUAAUAAAUUUGUAGAACUUA